AGAGGUGAAAACAUAAAAUGAAGAGCAGAUUAAAAGAAGGAAAUGCGAGAAGGAACGGGUCCUGCAACGACCGGAGAGAGGCCUCCAUCCCCGGUUCCGUCCCUGGGCUUCCAGUUCCUCCUUUACAAAAUGGAUACAGUCGCUUAACGCGUACGGUGCGUGUGCCAGACCUCUCUGGUUCACAGAACCUGUGAACAUGGGGUAAGAAGGCGCUGGGAACUUGGAAAGAGCUGCACAAGGGGGGCUGAAGACGCAGUAUCAGCCAGUAGGACUUGCAAUCAAACCUGAGUUCCAGUCUUGGCUGCCUCCGGACCUUUCUGCGCCUCAGUUUGCUCGUCAGUAAAAUGGGGUUAACUAGGCUACCUCGCCGGCUUUGAGGAGGUGGAGGGGAGUAUGCUGAGGGCGUCAGUGAGCGAGACAUCCUGCUCAUCCACUCCUGCCGCCAGUGGACAACAGUGACAGCCCACACCCUGGAGGAGGGCCACUAUGUCAUCGGGCCCAAGAUCGACAUCCCCUUGCAGUACCCAGGGAAGUUCAAGCUCCUGGAGCAGGCCCGGGAUGUGCGGGAGCCAGUGAGGUACUUCAGCAGCGUGGAGGAGGUGGCCAGUGUCUUCCCUGAUCGUAUCUUUGUGAUGGAAGCCAUCACUUUCAGCGUCAAGGUGGUAUCUGGCGAGUUCAGCGAGGACAGCGAGGUGUACAACUUCACCCUGCACGCGGGGGACGAGCUCACCCUCAUGGGCCAGGCGGAAAUCCUGUGUGCCAAGACCACCAAGGAGCGCUCUCGCUUCACCACCCUCCUGCGCAAGCUGGGCCGGGCCGGGGCGCUGGCUGGGGUGGGCGGCGGCGGCCCGGCAGGCGCGGGGGCCGCAGGCGGCGGGGGCGCUAGGCCCGUCAAAGGCAAGAUGCCGUGCCUCAUCUGCAUGAACCACCGCACCAACGAGAGCCUGAGCUUGCCCUUCCAGUGCCAGGGCCGCUUCAGCACGCGCAGCCCGCUGGAGCUGCAGAUGCAGGAGGGCGAGCACACGGUGCGGGCCAUCAUCGAGCGCGUGCGGCUGCCGGUGAACGUGCUGGUGCCCAGCCGGCCUCCGCGCAACCCAUACGACCUGCACCCGGUGCGCGAGGGCCACUGCUACAAGCUGGUCAGCAUCAUUUCCAAGACGGUGGUGCUGGGGCUGGCGUUGCGGCGCGAGGGCCCGGCGCCGCUGCACUUCCUGCUGCUCACGGACACGCCGCGCUUCGCGCUGCCGCAGGGGCUGCUGGCCGGCGACCCGCGCGUCGAGCGCCUGGUGCGCGACAGCGCCUCCUACUGCCGCGAGCGCUUCGACCCCGACGAGUACUCAACCGCGGUGCGCGAGGCGCCCGCCGAGCUCGCCGACGACUGCGCCAGCCCGCGCCGCGCGCGCCUCUGCCUGCCCGCGCCGCGCGCCCCCGCGCCGGCCCGCGUCCCCGGCCCGCCCGCGCCCGCGCCCGCGCCGGCUGGAGAAGGCGACCAGGAGUACGUGUGCCCAGACUGGGCCGGCGCCACAGAGACCCCUGCGUCCCCCGCCGAGAUCCCGUACGAGGAGCUGUGGGCGCACCAGGCCCCCGAGGGCCGGGCCCGACUGCUCCCAGGCCCCGACCUCAUCGCCUUCGGGUCCGCGGGGUCACCGCGUCGGGAGCCAGAGGCGCCGCCGCCUCCAGUACCUCCGAAAUCCGAGGCGGUGAAGGAGGAGUGUCGCUUACUCAAUGCCCCACCUGUGCCUCCUCGGGGUGGCAAUGGCAGCGACCGGCUCUUGGGCAGCCCCCCAGUCCCCCCUCGCUUCCCUAAGCUGCAGGCUGUCCACUCGCCCACCUCCAGCCUUUCCUACUACUCCUCUGGCCUCCAGGAUGGGGUGGGUUCCCGCAGCGGCAGUGGCUCCCCAUCACCAGAUGCAUACUCCCUCUAUUGCUACCCGUGCACCUGGGGAGACUGCAAGGUGGGCGAGUCCUCCAGCUGCCCGCCCCCUGGACCCCUGCCCUCUACUACGCAGCCCAGCCAGGGCCCCCGGGCCCUUGCAGAGCCACUGAGCAGUCGAGCUGCCUCCCUCCUGGGGGCUGACACUCCUGUCAAAACCUAUCCCAGCUGCCCGCCUCUGUUCAAGCCCUCGCACCUGCAGAAACGCUUUGUUCCAUUUGGAGCUCUCAAUCCCUUCUCUGGGCCUGCCUACCCCUCAGGCCCUUCAGCAUCCUCCUCUGGGCCCACAGCCACCAUGGGUCCUCUGGCUACCUCCAGCCCUGCAUAUUCCCCAAGCCCAGUCUCACCAGGCCAGGCCUGUUCAGCUGCUCCCACCUCCUGUCCCACUUCUUCCUCUUCCUCCGAGUGGCAGGAACCAGCCCUGGAGCCCUUUGAUACCUUUGAGUUGGGGCAGGGCAGUUCUCCAGAGCCUGAGCUGCUACGCUCUCAGGAGCCCAGAGCUGUGGGAGCACCUGGGCCUGGACCCUGUCUUUCACCACUUGGUCCCCUCAAGGCCUUUGAGCCUGAAGGCUUGGUGCUACAGCAGGUCCCCAGCCCACUGUCACCCGCUGCCCCCCAAGGGCCUGAGGCAGGAGGAGCAUGCCUUUUUCUUACCCAAGGGCGCCUGGAAGGGCCUCCUGCCAGUCCCUGGAAUGGAGCUGCAGGCUUGGGAGGACGGGAUGCCUCCUGGCAACCCCCUGCUGACCUGUCUGCACUCUCCCUGGAGGAGGUCUCUCGCAGUCUGCGUUUCAUCGGGCUUUCCGAGGACGUGGUGAGCUUCUUUGCCCGAGAACGCAUUGAUGGUAGCAUUUUUGUGCAGCUCAGUGAGGACAUCCUGGCAGACGACUUCCACCUCACCAAGCUACAGGUCAAGAAGAUCAUGCAGUUCAUCAAAGGCUGGAGGCCCAAGAUCUGAACUGCCCAGCCUGAGCUGCACAACUGCGAUGCUGGCACGGAGACCCUGGGGGCCAGCCAUGGCUUGCUGGGGGACGGUACUCCCUGAGAAGCAGGUCCUGUCUGCGGGGAGGACGUAUGCCAAGACCAAGGCUGCUUGGCAGCCAGAGUC